UUUUGGUAGCUUACAGUUUCGCGGAAAUUGGUUGAGUUUAACUCUAAUUUCAAGCUUGUCAGGACGUUACACUUACGUGGUCUCUAUGUUUAUAUUAUGCGUUUUAUUUGAUUGCCUUAUUUAUUUUGCAUGAAAUAAAAAUAACUAUUUACUAUUAAACUAUUUACAUUGCACCUAUAAACUCGUCAUGGGAAAACUUUAGGCGUUCCGUGCAAUCCGUUGGAAACAUGGCUCGUGCCUGGAAAGAGAAAAUCGAAUACCUCCCAUUCGCACUCGCAGCGUUUAUCCCGCUGUUCUGGGAUCAGUCAGAGCUCGUCCCUAAAACCAACUGAUCUCGGACCAGUCUGCCAUGUAAAUCCCGGCGCAAUCCAGCACCCUGAUUGGUCGAACGAUCGUCACGAGACGCGACACGGUAGAACUGCUGCACUGCUGAGCUCGUGCCGUCUGCGCUCCAGGUAAAAUGAGUGAGUCUUUAGUUGUGUGUGAGGUGGACGAAGAUCUUGUGAAAAAGUUGAGGGAUUUCCGCUUCAGGAAGGAAACCAACAAUGCUGCCAUUAUCAUGAAGAUUGAUAAAGACAAACAGCUGGUCAUUCUGGAUGAGGAGCAUGAGGAUAUCUCUCCUGAAGACCUGAAGAAUGAGCUACCUGAAAGACAGCCCAGAUUUCUAGUGUACAGCUAUAAGUACGAACACGAUGAUGGGAGAGUUUCUUACCCCCUGUGUUUCAUCUUUUCCAGUCCUGUUGGAUGUAAACCUGAGCAGCAGAUGAUGUAUGCUGGAAGCAAAAACAAACUAGUGCAGACGGUUGAGUUGACCAAGGUGUUUGAGAUCAGAAACACUGAGGAUCUGACCGAGGAAUGGCUUCGAGAGAAACUAGGCUUCUUCCGUUAAAAAGCUUACACAGAUAUUUAGAGUGACCUAAACGAGACCAUCACCUCCAGCAGGAGAGAUACCAUCCAUCUGAUACUGUCUGUUUGUGUAUGUUUGAAUGCUUCUGCCCAAAUUCUAAACCCGCCUGUAACAAUAAGGAUGACCAUUAAGAUGGCAAAAAUUAUGAUUAGAAAUUUUAAACUGACUAUUGGACAUAGUUUUUUGGAACUAUCCACUCUCCUCCCUAAGCAGUCAAAUAUGUACUGCCGUGCACAGGUGGCCAGUUCCUACUGCCGUCAUAGUUGGGUGACAUUCUGUGAUUUUUAAGCAAUCUGAUGUCCAGCUAUAUUUUAUAAUAGAUGACACAGCAACAGAUUUAAACAUUCAAAACUGCAAUGUUUUGUAAAAUCAGUCUUCAUUUAAUAUAUAUAUAUAAAUAUAAGAAGGGCCAAAUGUUUCUUCCUUAGUAAUUUAGUGUUCUUCCUGUAAUUUGAAGUGUUUUCAUUUUUAUAUGCAUUGAGUGGUGGGAGGUGAGGGGGCCUUGUAUGUUGAUAGUUUUGGGAGAGAGGGUUUGAUCACUGACUGUAUUUGGUCUGUUGUCUUAAGUGUCAUAAUAAUUGUUUUGCCUUUUAAAAUCUGCUUGCAGCUAGAGAAACAAAUCAUCACUAAAGUUCUAGAAUGUCUCUCCUUGUGCGGUGCAAGUUUUUAGGAAAAAAGAAUAUGUUGGUGACCCUUAAGUCCUCAAGCACAGAUCAGAAAACUCUUUCUCUGUCACUUUAUUGGAAAUGCAUGUUUAGGUGUGCAGCAACAGGGACGUGUUGUGGUGUAAAUCUGGUGCAACCCUGUGAUGAAGAUGACUCUUUCUCAUUGCCCAGUUAAAUGCUGGAACUAAGCCAGUUUUACUAUUCUAGAGUUUAUGCAUUGCAUCACUGUUUCCGUAUUUAUAUAAAAACAGUUUUUCUAUUGGCAAAAUGUAAACACUGGAAAAUUACGUAAAUGUUUACAUCUUCACAGAGACAAUUUGGAGGACGUGAUUGAGAAGUAAUACCUCUGCAGAUCUCACAUCUUUUAAAGUCUGUGAGCUUAAAAGUGGGUCAGGAUCACUUGUGCUUUGUUUCUGUACAUCUGUACCCAUAACACCUAUGAUUAGUGCCGUUUCCUUCUAAACUGAAUGUUGACUUUGGUGGUUUAUAUGAUGUGGACAACACAUGAUAUAGCCCAUACAAUAGUGAACUGUGUAUGUGUUUAACAUGAGUUUAAUUCACUACAAGUUGUUCUAAUUUUUUUUAAUGACUGAACUAAAUGCUUUUCCUGAUCAUUUAUAACUCUAGUUCUCUCUUUAAACCAGAAAAGUUGUUAACUUUUGGAUAUGUGUCUCAAUUACAUACAUUUGUCUGCUGUUUUGAAUAAUUAAAUAGAAAUGUUUUCCUUUUAAAUGUA